AUGCUAAGAUCAUCCUUACGUUCUGCUGGUGCAAGAAACCUCAAUAGACCACGCUUCUAUUCUACGGUCAAGUUUAAUGAAAACUUCAACAAUCCUAAUCCACCUUCCAAGCCAACGCUUUCUCAAUUCAAAAAUGCAUUUAUCCAUACCUUCUUGAUCGCCUCGUCGGCCUACAUGGCACUUCAUACAUGCUGGUAUUUGCUAGAGUAUAAAGAUGUUGAAAAAAAGCUUAAACAUCAGGCUGCCGAACUCGAGGAGGAGAUGAACGCCGCUUUGAAUGAAGCGAAGAACGAGCUCAUCCAGCAACAGCCAAAGAAGAGCUGGCUAUACUUCUGGAGAAGAUCUUAG